CCGUCCCAGGGGAAGGCGCAGAUGACGGUGAUAGUGGGAACGAAAGCAGAAGUGGAAGCGAAGAAACAAACGUUUGUGAAAAAUGCUGUGCAGAAUUCUUCAAAUGGACAGACUUUCUGGAGCACAAGAAGAAUUGCACCAAAAACCCACUGGUGUUGAUUGUGAAUGAAGAUGAACCAGCACCACCAUCUGAAGAAUUUCCAGAACCUUCGCCUGCUAGUUCUCCUAGUGAUCAGACUGAGAGCGAGGUCACAGAGGAAAACAUUCAGACCGAAAACAAUGAGAGCUGUGAGGUGAAAGUGGCAGAGAAGGAGGAAGAGCCAAUGGAAGUGGAAACCUCUGGGGAGAAAAGCUACCAGAAUCAAGGCACUUCAAACACCACUCCAACGACCCCUCUACCUCAGAUUUCAGAACCAUCUUCCAUGACGAGUUAUAACAUGCCAAACACUAAUGUUACAUUAGAAACUCUCCUGAGCACUAAAGUGGCUGUGGCCCAAUUCUCCCAAAAUGCAAGAUCCUGCGGGAGUGGGAAUGCAAGCAGUGGGGUGACUGCCAUGGCCAUCCCAAUGAUCCUAGAACAGCUUAUGGCCCUGCAGCAGCAGCAGAUCCACCAGCUGCAGCUCAUCGAGCAGAUUCGUAGUCAGGUAGCUAUGAUGAACCGACAGCCCCUCCGACCCUCUUUAAACCCAACAGUAGCUCCUCAGAAUGCUCCUCCUGUAGCAGCAUCUAACCAACUCCAAGGGUUUGCUGCACAUUCUGCUCUUCAGUUAACUACUGGUCCCCCAACAGUGGCUGGGCAAACUACAAACAAUCCGCCUUCUACCUUUGAGGGCUCUCAGCAUAUCUCACAGCCUACAUCUGGAGCAAACCCCAACAUAUCCAAUAAUGGAUCUUCUUCUGCCCCAACAGAACCUAGUGCAUCCUCAUCUGCUAAUGCAGUUCCAGUGUCCAUAACUCCUGCUUCUGUGUCAAAUGCUACUAAUAGUUCUUCACAGCCCCAGAACACUUCAACUCCACCCACCCUGGGUCACGGAAAUCUUCUCACCUCAACUUCCAGUCUGCCAAACCCACUUCUACCUCAGACCUCAUCAAAUAGUGUGAUCUUUCCCAAUCCACUGGUUAGCAUUGCUGCAACUGCUAAUGCAUUAGACCCCCUGUCCGCCCUCAUGAAACACCGCAAAGGAAAACCACCAAAUGUGUCGGUGUUUGAACCUAAGUCAAGCUCUGAGGAUCCAUUUUUUAAACAUAAGUGUAGAUUUUGUGCCAAGGUCUUUGGAAGUGAUAGUGCUUUACAAAUUCAUUUGCGUUCUCACACAGGAGAGAGGCCUUUUAAGUGUAACAUAUGUGGGAAUCGGUUUUCAACUAAAGGCAAUCUAAAAGUUCAUUUUCAGAGGCACAAGGAGAAGUAUCCCCAUAUCCAGAUGAAUCCUUACCCUGUUCCAGAAUACCUCGACAAUGUCCCCACUUGCUCUGGAAUUCCCUAUGGAAUGUCACUGCCGCCUGAGAAACCAGUGACAACCUGGCUAGAUAGCAAGCCAGUGUUGCCAACUGUCCCCACAUCCAUUGGACUGCAGCUUCCUCCCACUAUACCUGGUGUUAAUAGCUAUAGUGACUCCCCGAGUAUUACUCCCAUAAGCCGGUCACCUCAGAGGCCAUCUCCUGCUUCAAGUGAAUGCACUUCUUUAUCCCCUGGUCUCAACAAUUCUGAGUCAGGCAUAACAGUGACUGCAGAAUCCCCACAACCAAUUCACAGUGGGUCUUCUCUAACAAAAACUGAACCCAUCAGUUUACCUUCCACAAACACACGAGUGGGAGAAGUCUCCAUCAGUGUGCAAGUUACUACAGUUUCCACUUCAAUUGUUACCACUGUAACAGACAGCAGUGUUUCCACAACCCUCCCAAACCCUGUGCUUCCAGCAAUCUCUGACCAGUUCAAAGCAAAGUUCCCAUUUGGUGGUCUGCUUGACUCUAUGCAAACAUCAGAAACCUCAAAGCUGCAACAGUUAGUUGAGAACAUUGAUAAGAAGAUGACAGAUCCAAAUCAAUGUGUCAUUUGUCACCGGGUGCUUAGUUGUCAGAGUGCUCUCAAGAUGCAUUAUAGAACACAUACAGGAGAAAGACCAUUUAAAUGCAAAAUUUGUGGACGUGCCUUUACUACAAAAGGCAAUCUAAAAACACAUUUUGGAGUUCAUCGAGCAAAGCCACCACUAAGAGUACAGCAUUCAUGUCCCAUUUGUCAAAAGAAAUUUACAAAUGCUGUUGUUCUUCAGCAACAUAUUCGUAUGCAUAUGGGGGGACAAAUCCCAAAUACACCAUUACCAGAGGGCUUCCAAGAUGCCAUGGACUCAGAACUUUCUUACGAUGAAAAAAAUGUUGAAACCCUGAGCAACUAUGAUGACGACAUUGAUGAAAAUUCUAUGGAAGAAGACCCAGAGUUAAAGGACACAGCAAGUGACUCGUCCAAACCACUAAUAUCUUACUCUGGGUCAUGUCCCCCUUCGCCACCUUCUGUAAUCUCUAGUAUUGCUGCCCUGGAGAAUCAGAUGAAAAUGAUUGAUUCUGUCAUGAACUGUCAGCAGUUGACCAGCUUGAAAUCCAUAGAAAAUGGAUCAGGGGAAAGUGACCAUUUAAGUAAUGACUCCUCAUCAGCUGUAGGAGAUCUGGAAAGCCAGAGUGCAGGCAGCCCUGCCAUGUCAGAAUCCUCCUCAUCCAUGCAAGCAUUGUCUCCAGUAAACAGCAACAGUGAAAGUUUCCGGUCCAAGUCUCCAGGUCUGAGCAACCAAGAAGACCCACAGGAAACACCACUAAAGACAGAAAAACCAGACAGUCCACCACCUGCUCCUGAAAAUGGAGGUGCACUCGAUCUGACAGCUCCUACCCCGGGCAGACCAGUCAUCAAGGAGGAAGCUCCUUUUAGCCUGCUGUUCCUCAACAGAGAACGUGGUCCCAGCCAAAGUACUCCUAGCCUGGUCACCAGCACUGCGCCUACUAUGAUCAAAAUGGAAGUGAAUGGUCACAGCAAGCCGAUCUCACUGGGGGAGGGCCCUCCGCUUCCAUCUGGAAUCCAGGUUCCUGCUGCACCACAGACAGUGAUGAGUCCAGGCCUCACUCCUAUGCUGGCACCCCCACCACGGCGAACGCCUAAGCAACACAACUGUCAAUCGUGUGGGAAGACCUUCUCCUCAGCCAGUGCACUCCAGAUACAUGAGCGCACCCAUACUGGUGAAAAGCCAUUUGGUUGCACAAUCUGUGGUAGAGCUUUUACCACAAAGGGGAAUCUCAAGGUUCAUAUGGGAACUCACAUGUGGAAUAACGCCCCUGCAAGACGUGGCCGCCGACUAUCUGUGGAAAACCCCAUGGCAUUGUUAGGUGGUGAUGCACUGAAGUUCUCUGAAAUGUUCCAAAAGGAUUUGGCAGCUCGGGCAAUGAAUGUUGACCCCAAUUUUUGGAACCAGUAUGCUGCAGCGAUCACAAAUGGACUUGCUAUGAAGAACAAUGAGAUUUCAGUCAUACAGAAUGGAGGCAUUCCACAACUCCCAGUAAGUUUAGGUGGAAGUGCCAUUCCACCCUUAAGUAACAUUACAAGUGGUAUGGACAAAGCUCGCACAGGCAGCAGCCCUCCUAUUGGUGGCCUGGACAAAGCAAGUUCAGAAACAGGAGCCAGUCGUCCAUUCACAAGGUUUAUUGAGGAUAACAAGGAAAUUGGUAUAAAUUAAAUGUGAGAAAUGUGAAUAACUCUUGGGACUCUUAAUCAACACAUUUGUUCUAUUUCAUGUACAAAUUUGGAAGUUUUAAGCAUUAGUCUUAUGAUCUAAAUGCCUACAUUCCCUUUAAAAUUUUAUCCAUAGCAGAAAAUACAUUAACUGUGUGGCUGCUGAAAAGUUGUCUUGCAAGAGCUGCAUGGUACUUCUUUUAACAGUGAGUUUGACUGUUAUUGAGAACUCUGAAACCUUUAAAAUUUAAGUUAACAAGGAGUCAAUGGAAACUGCAUUAGCAACUUAAAGAGGUUAGACCACGUCCACUUUGUUUCUUAUAAAACUUAAUGAUCACCUGAGAGGGAAAAAAAGAAAAAA